AUGGCUUACCCCCUACAAUCAGAUGAGCUUAUCUUUUUUGUGAGUGGCAGGAAGGUAACAGAGAGGCAGGCAGAUUCUGAAGAAUUGUUGCUGUUUUAUCUAAGAAAGAGGCUCCAUCUUUCAGGGACAAAAUAUGGCUGUGGAGUAGGAGGCUGUGGUGCCUGCACUGUGAUGAUAUCCACAUAUGACCCCGUUGCCAAGCAGAUAGGACAUCAUCCUGCCAACUCCUGCCUGCUCCCCAUCUGCUCACUGCAUGGUGCUGCUGUCACCACUGUGGAAGGGGUUGGAAGCCCAAAACCCAGGAUUCAUUCAAUUCAGGAAAGGCUGGCCAAAUGCCAUGGCUCCCAGUGUGGCUUCUGCACCCCUGGAAUGGUGAUGUCCUUUUAUGCUUUACUGAGAAACCAUCUGGAACCUUCCAUGGAGCAGAUAAUUUCUGCUCUGGAUGGUAAUUUGUGCCGCUGCACAGGAUAUAGACCAAUUAUAGACAGCUACACAUCUUUUGCUGGGGAGCCAAAGUGUUGCCAGCUUAGAGGAACUGGACAGCGUUGCUUGGAUCAGGAAGAACGUUGUAUUCAUUCAUCUUCUACAGGAGGUCAGGUAAGAUGCUUUGGAAUGUUUUUCAUUAUUUCCUCUUUGCACACUAUAAAGUUAGUAGGAAAGGGCUAUCUUGAACUAUGGCAGCAGCUGCUUUUCUGUCCUUGGGCAAUUAGCCCAGACAUGCAUUCAGGUCUUUGCAAUCCAGAGGAAUUCCAGCCCGUGGAUCCAACACAGGAAUUUAUAUUUCCUCCUAAACUAAUGAGAAUGGCUCAAGAGCAGCAAAGAAUAACUCUGAUUUUCCACGGCAAGAGAACAACAUGGAUUUCCUCCCCUAGCCUGAAGGACCUUCUGGAGCUGAAAGCCAAGUAUCCAAAGGCACCUCUGGUUCUGGGGAACCUUAGUGUGGGACUCAGCAAAAAUGUUAGUGUUGUCCAUCAUCCACUCAUUCUCCGUCCUGUUAGGAUUCCAGAAAUGCAUGCUAUGAGCAGCACAAAUGAUGGGCUGGUAAUAGGAGCUGCCUGCUGCCUGGCCCAGCUUAGAGACAUCCUGACAGAGACGAUCCCAAAAAUACCAGAGGAGAAAACAAAGAUUUUCCAAGCUCUUUUGCAGCAGCUGAGAACUCUAGCUGGAGAACAGAUCAGGAGUAUGGGUUCUUUAGGACACAUUGUAAGCAGAGGAUUGACUUGGGACUCGAACCCAAUCUUAUCAGUUGGCAAAUUUGUCCUCAACUUAGCACCCGAAGCUGGCAAACAACAGAUUCUUUUAAAUGAUCAGUUUCUUACCGGCUGUGAGCAUUCAGACAUUAAGCCAAAGGAGGUCAUUGUCUCUGUUCUCAUCCCAUAUUCUAAGAAGGAUGACUUUAUUUCAGCCUUCAGACAGGCUGAACCUCAGAAAAAUGCUCUAUCCAUAGUGAAUUCUGGAAUGCGUGUCAUCUUCAGUCCAGGCACAGACCCCGUUGUAGAUCUGAGUAUUUUAUAUGGAGGCAUUGGCUCAACCACAAUCAGUGCAAGAAAUUCUGGUGAGAAGCUUAUAGGAAGGCAAUGGAACGAUCAGAUGCUGAACGAAGCUUGCAAACUGGUGCUUGAGGAAAUUUCUCUCUCUACGUCAGCUCUGGGUGGGAAAGUGGAAUACAGGAGGACCCUGCUUGUCAGCUUCCUUUUCAAAUUUUACCUGGAAGUGUUACAUGGUUUACAUGGGAUGUAUCCCCUCAGGUAUGCUGAGAUCUCAGAGGAGCAGAAGAGUGCCUUGGGAGUGCUAGAAAGUGGUGUUCCCCAGGGUGUCCAAGUCUAUCAGGAUGUUGACCCAGGACAGUCACCACAAGAUCCUGUGGGAUGUCCCAUCAUGCACCAGUCUGGUAUUAAGCAUGCCACUGGUGAAGCAGUUCACGUUGGUGACAUUCGUCUGGUUGAUGGAGAGCUUUCACUGGCUGUGGUUACCAGUAUUAAAGCCCAUGCAAAGAUUAUGACUGGGCGUCCAGUUCGUUUUGUCCUUGAAAGAAAUCUGGAUAUGUUAAUCGCUGGUGGACGGCACCCUUUCUUUGGAAAAUAUAAGAGUGAGAGGAGAAGAUACUUUGCUGAAUUACUGGGUGAUAGUUCAUUUGAGGCAAAUCAGCAUCAUUUUAUUGACAGCAAGACACAGCAUAAAACCAAUCUCCUCCUCUUCGUUGGCAGUCAUGAACUGAAGAUGCUAUUGUCAUGUAUACACCUCCGUGAAACAAGUACGACAACUGUACCUAAUGGCAAAUACACAGCAGGUUCAAUUGGAAUGGAAAUCAAUGCAAGAACAGUCCAGGAUGCCUGUCAAAUCCUUUGGAAGCACCUGGGCCCUAUCCAGAGUAAAAAUCCUAAUGGCAAAUGGGAAGACUGGGUGUCUGAAGCUCACAAGCAAAGCACCAGUCUUUCAGCUACUGGCUAUUUCAAGGGUUAAGUUACAAACAUGAACGGGGACACAAAAAAGGGCCGCUUUCCAUAUUUUCUCUUUGGAGUUGCUUGUUCUGAAGUAGAAGUUGAUUGUCUGGCAGGAGACCACAAGAACAUCAGAACAGACAUUGUCAUGGAUGCCUGCUUUAAUGUAAAUCCAGCUAUAGAUAUAGGACAGAUUGAAGGGGCCUUCAUUCAGGCAGUUGGUCUUUAUACAUUAGAAGAAAUCUGCUUUUCCCCAGGAGGAGAGCAAAUCAGUCUUGGCCCAGAUAUGUAUAAGAUCCCUGCAAUCUGUGACAUUCCUGAGCAGUUCCACGUGUGUUUGCUGCCCAAUUCACGCAACUCAAUUGCCAUUUAUUCCUCCAAGGGCAUGGGUGAAGCUGGGCUCUUCUCGGGUAGCUCAAUUUUCUUCACGAUAAGGGAUGCAGUAGCUGCUGCACGGAAGGAAAGAGGAUUGCCCCUGGACUUCACACUGAACAGCCCAUUGACUGUUGAGCGGAUUCGCAUGGCCUGUGCUGAUGACUUUACUGAGACGAUUCCAAAAGAUAAACCUGGAACCUAUAAGCCAUAGGCCAUCAACGUACACUAA